GUGAAGCACCGACACAGCAGAGUGUGCGUGUAUGUAUACCAAAUGCAAUUCAGUAUUUCUGUCUAUUGCAGAAAAGGGAAUUCAACUGCUGUGGAAACAAUGCCUAAUCAUUGACAAAUUCCAUUUAUCACUGGCUACUAAUACACAAGUUAAUGCACAUCUAAAGUAUUGACGAACAUAAAAUGCAGAGGCUAUUCUUACAUCAUGAAUGCACGAAUGCUGGCGCUUAUUUACAGCGGCGUAUAAAAUUACCGGUUCGUAAAGAUAAGAUAAUAAUACUUCAAAAAGAAACAUUUAAAUAUCAAAUAUAAUGAGAUAUCUUAAUGACGUAUCGUAUCAGAGACUAAUUGAUACAUCGAAGUGAGUUCAUCAACGAUGGCUUUAGCCUAACCGAGCCGACAUCUAACAUAAAUAAUAAUAAAAAUUAAUCUCCAAUAUCAUCGAGUGAGCGUGAAGUUGUGAUUUGGGACUAUUGUAGUUCAUUUCCCUCAUCGUUAACGGUGCCGCAGGCGUUCUUAAUUCAUACAUUAUUCGCACACAAAGAUAGUACCAAUACAUCUUCAGUUACCAACUAUUGUUCUCUAAUAAUGUCUGCUAAGGCAUCUGCGGCCAUACAAAUUUCACCUCAAAUACUUAAUGAUAUUAACAUGACAGACUCAGUUCACAAACACAGCCUGACUCACGCACACAAUCAAAUGAUUGAACAGCAAAAGGUGCACACGAUUCCGUUGCCUGAAGACCCGCGAACAUUGCAGCUGGCAUUGGAGCUCUCCCUGGUGGGCCUCAAUGAGAGUAAUCAGAAUAAUAGUUAUGCUCAGCCAAUACUCGCACAGAGUGAUUAUGAUAUCGGCGAUAUUAAUGUGGUGUCUGACGCAUUCAACAGGGCCGAUAUAGGGCCCAUGAACAAUCUACCGCUACCACCGACGACUGCAUCUGGCCUUUUAAUGCCCUCCGUUGGCCUGGAGGAAAGAUCAAAGAAAUCACAAAAUAUGACCGAAUGUGUUCCAGUUCCCAGCUCUGAACAUGUUGCUGAAAUCGUGGGACGCCAAGGGUGCAAGAUAAAAGCUUUAAGAGCAAAAACAAAUACCUAUAUUAAGACUCCAGUGCGUGGAGAGGAGCCAGUAUUCGUUGUAACAGGACGCAAAGAAGAUGUAAACAAGGCCAAACGCGAAAUACUAUCAGCUGCUGAUCACUUUAGCCUAAUUCGAGCCUCACGGAAACCAUCAAUAGAAGGAUCGAACAGCGGGAUAAGUGGAAGUGGCAAAUCGGGUUCAUUGGCCAUGGGCAUUGUUGCUAGGGCGCAGUCUGGGCCGCCCUGUUUGCCCGGCCAAAUUACAAUCCAGGUGCGUGUACCUUACAGAGUCGUGGGCCUAGUUGUUGGGCCGAAAGGUGCCACCAUUAAGCACAUACAACAAGAAACACAAACAUACAUUGUCACCCCGUCUCGUGAAAAGGAGCCCAUAUUCGAGGUAACUGGACUACCCGAAAAUGUGGAGACCGCACGUAAACAAAUCGAGGCUCAUAUAGCCCUACGUACGGGCAAUAGCGCUCAUGGCAGUGAGAAUGGUACGGAAACUUUAGAGUCACACGAAUAUGCUACUCUGCACACGAUUAAUACGCUCAGCCAGAUACUAAGUGACGAUCUUAACUCAGAUAUCUUGUCAUCAAUCUAUACGAGCGAUAUUGCACCCAACCUUAAUUACGUCGACAACUCGCGUAGUGUCAUUGAUAACAUUUCAAGUUCCAGCACUGCCAACUCUAUCAUGCCAGUGCAUAAUUUAACGAAAUGCUUUCAAAAUUCUGAUCUAGUAGAUCUCACAUCUAAUGUAACUCCAAUAACAACAACGGACAGAAACUUCGCGAUGGCGCUAUCGGGCACUGUAAAUGACCUAAACGUGCAGGCAUCAAAAACAAAUUCAUUAUUCCGUAAUACAAAUACCAAUGUCAAUGCCAAUACCAAUGUCAUUGUCAAUACCAAUGCCAAUACUACCGCCAACACCAAUACCAGUGUGAAUGCCAAUACCAACACCAAUAGUAAUAUUAAUACCAAAUCGUUGUCAUUCUGUACAUCCACGUCCGCCUCUGCUAAUAAUUCAUCUGGCUCUUGCCAAUCAAUCUCAGCUAACAUUUUAACGCGUUCAUGCUCAUCUGCCUCCUCGACUGCAUCAACUAAAAGCACGAACAAUAGCGCGAAUAGUACUAACAGCGUUAAUACUCCCCCAGAGCUGUUGAAUAUAUGGCAAAAAUUGAAUGAUGCAAUUGACGUUGAUGAGGGCAUUGGAGACUCUCCCAGCAUUUGGAAUCUACCAUCAACAACAACGACUACAGCAGCAUCCCAUUGCUCGCCUACUGCCUCAAUAAGUCCAACGGACUCGCUGCUAGGGGAGCACAGCCUAAAAAUUAGUCAGAAAACUACAGACAACGGCACCUAUAAGGAACCAGGCACCAAAAAUAGUUCUUCAUUAUUGCAACAUCGUAAUCAGCGGAACAUAUUGAAGAAUAGUUCAGAAAAAUUGCAUCGUGAAUGCUUUGUAUGCAAUGAGAGAGAAGUGACGACCGCCCUAGUUCCCUGUGGUCACAAUAUGUUUUGUAUGGACUGUGCCAAUCAAAUUUGUGUCUCAAUAGAACCCAUUUGCCCCGUAUGUCAUUCAAUUGUUUACCAUGCCAUGCGUAUUUUAGCAUAAAUGACUACGCUCAAUAUAU